AUGGCGGGCAGUGGGGAUUCGGUUCGCGCUUUGCUCCGCGCCGCCAACGCGCUCCUGCAGCAGCGCCGCUACCACGCCGCGCUCGCCGUCAUCAAGGGAUUCCGCAAUGGCGCCGUUUAUGGAGCCAAAAUCCGUGCCCCGCAUGCCCUGGUGAUGACUUUCCUGUUCAAGAGUGGAAGCUUAAGGGAGAAGCUGAAAUCCAUUGCCCAGGCUACAUACGCUCAUUCCCGGAACCUGGCCUAUUUUGUGUUCACCUACAAGGGGCUCCUGGCAGCACAGUCUGGGCUGCAGGGGAAAAAAAUCCCCUUUCAUUCUUUCCUUGCAGCCUGCAUUGGGGGCUGGCUGGUGUUUGGUGACAACAAUCCCAUCAACAGCCAGAUCAUCAUGUACCUGCUGUCCCGGAUCCUGUUCGGUUUGUCUCGGCUGGCUGUGGAAAAGGGCUACAUCCCACAGCCCAAGCAGGAUCCCUUCCCUCUCGUGGCUGCCCUGGUGUGGGGGACAGUCCUGUGGCUCUUUGAAUACCACAGGGAGACUCUGCAGCCCUCCCUGCAGUCCUCCAUGACCUACCUGUAUGAGGACAGUGAUGUGUGGCACGACCUGUCUGACUUCCUCAUUUACAACAAAAGGACAGACAGCAAGUAGGUGUUUCACUCUAAAACAGUUCAGAAUGGGAUGGGAGCACCCAGCAGCUGAGGGAAAAGGUUAUUCUGUUGCUCUUGACCUGUGAUUUUUUUAAGUUAAUGUCUGUCAAGCAGAGUUGGCUCUUGUGUCCUGACCAGAAUGUUGUGAUCAGUCUUUUGGCUCCUUUUAGAGCAGGCACACGCCUCACAGAAACUUGGUGGAGUCUUUUUUAAGAGGCCUUAUUUUCCCUACAAGUGUUGGGGUUUGGGGUUUGUUCUUUAAAAACUAAAUAUAUUUAUAAAAUGACAGCCUGACACUAAGUGGAGAGUAUGAAAACAUGUUCUAGGACUCAUCUGAAUGUUUACAAGUGGGUUUUUUUGUGCUGCUAAGCUCACCGUGGUGUGAUUGAGGGUGAAGGGAGUGGGGGACCUGCUGAGCUCUGAAAGCAGGGCCAUCAUUUCUUCAUUGCUGUGGAUGGCUGGAAAUCCUGUUUAAACUAUUACAAGGACAGCUCCUUGGGAGAGUUCCUCUGCAGUUUUCCCUCAGGGAGACAAUAAAGUGGGUGAGAAUAGAACUGUUUGGAUUCUCUUGUAGAAGCCUGGUAAAUCAGGCUUGGAAAGACUAUUUUUGCUUGGUUUCUUUUCUGCACUUGGGCUGAAUCUGUGCCUCUGCACUAAUGAAUACCCUGUAAUUAUUUUUAACUUGUUUGUAAAGCUUUUAAAAGCUGCUUGAACUAAAUACCAAAAAACAGUUACACAACUUGGGCUCCUCUAUAACCAGGCUGGGGACUUUGUGUGUCCAGGGGAGCAACAUUUACCAAGCACUUUUAUUUUGGUGGAGCAUGACAAGGGUUUCUCUGAGGUCCAGAAUCUGCCCUCCAAAGCAGUGGCACUUGUUGGCUGUACCCAGAUUUGAAUCUGAUUUUGUACCUGUAGUUUGUGCAGGCUCGUUACUGAGCCAGGCUGAGACCAUGAAUUCAUUUAUUAAUUAUCUUCCUCUCAAAAACACUCUGCUGAGCCCCAGGAUAGGGCAGCACACCCUGGGCUGUGGCAGAAGAUUGACUAGAUAGCUGAGAAAGCACAAAAAGGGAUUUAAUUAAUCAAUUAAUAAAUUCAAACUCCUAAUAGUUCAAGGCAUUCACCUGCCAUAUAACACUGUACAGUUCACUCAAUGAUGUGCAUUGAAAUAAUUCCUGCCACUCUGGUUUGAUGUGUUGAUAUUUCCAAGAGAAUCAUGGCUCAGUUGGGACUAUUUGGUUCACUUUCCCUGUAUCCAUCCACCUGCUUUUUCCUGACCUGCCCAUGUCAUUUCAUAAUCCUGCUGAUGUUCUCUUCAUCAUCUUUUGAACUCUUUACCCUCCAGGCUCUGGCAGUUUCUCCUAUUCAAUGGUACAGCUGAAAUGGUACAUUUAACUUCAGGGAGCUUCUGAGUAGAAAAAAGUUCUCAUGUUCUUCUUAAGUCAUUUUUCCUUGUCCUCCUAAACUCCUUUAUUACUGUUGCUCAUAUUCAGAGUGCUGCUUUGCUCUUUAUUUUUCCACUUUUCUUUAUCCAUGCAAAUCCAUGAUGUACGUGGUGGCCAAAAACCAAGAUACUUCUUUGUCAUAAUAACUCUCAAUGAUCCCUUUAACUUCUAACUUCAUUGCUAACUCGUAAUUAACUGGUUACGGUCUGGACUGAAUAAUGGAAUUGGGACAUCCAUCAGAGCCCAUGAAAGCUGUAAAAUUAGGAAUUUGGUUUCUUUCUUUUGGUUCAAUAUCUUUCUCUGUAUAGAGAAGCAUAAAGAUUCAAUACAAAAAACCUGAAGCUACAGGUGAGAUCUGAUUCCUUUAUAAACAUCUUUAUUUCCACCACUGCUGGGUAUUUGAAGCAUCACAAUUUUUCUGUUGGAACCUCAAUAUUGUUCCAAAUAAGAGCAUUGGUAUUCUGCUAAAAUUGCUGAAUUCCUGCAAGCUUUGAUGGGAUUUCAGAAAGCUGACAGCUGUGGCUUGGGAAUUGCUCCCUAAAACUAUUAAACUCACAAAUCCUUGACCAUGUGUAAUUAUUGCAGCAAAAGAAGCUGUGGGCUGGUUCUGUGAGCUGGGUGUCUCUGAGGAGGUUUUGAUCUGUUAAAUUUGUAGCUGGUAUUUCUUUCUCUGUGAAAAGCUUGUGGUUCCCUUAGAGGUGGAAUAAUCUUGCUCUGCUGGGAAUUGUAGCACUGUGGCUGCUGCUGAAGCACCUCAGUGUCCAUGAGAAGGACAAGGGACCUUUCAUGACCAUUCCACACUGCUCUCUGUCCUCUAGAAAAUAAAUCCCAGCCAAAAAAAACAGGAAUCAGCCUGGCACCAAUGACCAUGACUUCUCCUUGGUUGAAAAUGCCCUUUUUCUCUUGGGAAUCUCUCCCUUUCUAAGGAAACAGUGCCUGAGCUUCCAACCAUCUGUAGUGGAGCUGCAGGAGGCAGCUGCCAUCCCUGGAAGCCCAGCUCCUCCCGGGAGCACAGCCUUCAGGGCUUUGCUGACCGUUGGUUUUCCCGCUGUGCUGGGGCAGCACGUUAAGCUGCAAGUCACUGCUUUCCCCAGGGAAGUAAUUGGGACAGCUCCUUAAUGACAUCAGCCCCCAUGGCUGUCCCUGGGACCAGAUAGCUGGGGAUGAGCCCCUUCUGCCACCAAAGGUGUUGGAACAAUGCAGGCGUGUAGUAGGGAAGUGAACUAGAAGUAAUUUGUCUGAGCCAGACUUUUGGGAUAUGUAAGUGACACUCCCUGCCCUCCCCCAGGGCAUUGUGUGGGGAAUGGAGUGGCCUGUUUGGGUUCCCUUUUUAUUAGCAUUAAAAGCAAAAGAAAUAAAGAGGCAGUUGGGAAGCCACCUGCGUAUGGCCAAGUGUUUAAGGAUCACAAAGAAGGGCCAUUUUCUCCCCCCAGCCCCGACUGGUUCUGAAUUUUAAGAUGAGCAUGGGGUUGUUUGCCUACAGCAACUUUAUUUUCCCAUGUUAUUUCUUCCUUGACACCUGACUGAUGCUGAGUGUCUCUAAGGAGGAGCAGAGUGUCUCAAUCUUGGCUCAGUUUGUCAAAAGUGAGGAGGACUGGGUAAAAUUGAGGUGUUUUAAAAUGAUGCUUCUCCCUCAGAUUUUUAAGCUUCUCUUAGAGGCAGUUUUAAAGGUUAAUGAAUCAAACUGAUCAAAAGUUUUCAGCCAUCCUGAGCUUUUCAAGCAGACUGACUAUCCUGGGCUAUUAAUCAUUUAUUUUAUGAAGGAACAAAGCAGGCUCAGGGUUAUUUACUGCUGCUGCCUGCUGCCCUGGCAUACCCACUGUGCUUCCCUUCCCUUUGGAGGACAGCUUGUGUGCUGGGGCUGGCUCUGGGGAUGGCUGGAGAACCCUUUCCGGGACAAUUGCAUUAUUUAACAAAGGUGAAAAUGAGACAGCUGCCUGACAUUUGGGUUAGGGAAGGUUUUCUGGGCUGUGUUUGAUGCUGGCAGUGAAGGAGAGGAUAUUUCUGAAAGCAGAACCCGUGUUUGGCCAUUCAGUGCUGCAGAGAAGGGCUCGAGGAGGCUGGGGCUGCUGAAGGUGUGACCCUGUGUCUGUAAUGGGAUUUGUCCUGGUCACCAUCCCUGUGGCUGUGCAAUAAGCAGAGAACUGGCCCUGUUCAGGGCAUUUAUCAUAGAACUGGGGGAUGGUUUAGGCUGGAUGGGACCUUAAAAACCAUCCCACUCCUGCCAAGGGCAGAGAAGCCUUCUACUACCCCAGAAGGCUCCAAGCCCCAAUGUCCAGCCUGGCCUUGGACACUUGCAGGGAUGGAGCAGCCACAGCUGCUCUAGGCACCCUGUGCCAGGGUGGAGAGGCUGCAAAGAAGCUUUGAUAUUGGUGCUAUGAGACUUUCCUGCCCUGCUAGAGUAGGUCAAGCUCUACUUUACACCGAGCUGGGUGUGGGUGGAAGGGCAGAGACGAUCCCUGGCUGCUGAGAGAGACCCAAAGCAGAGUCUCUCUGUGCAGAGUGAGCUCUGCUGCCAGCUGGGAGCUGCUGUGGCUGACUGGUGCUACUGGAGCCACCAGAACCCUGUGCAGAUCCCUCACCCAGGAGAAACUGCUGGGAUUCCAACUCAUUUUCCCUGCAUCAGCACAAAGGUGACCUUUGGUUAAUACCCUGAGCUGUGCACUGCUCCCUAUUUGUCAGCUUGUGUUUGUCUCCCUGGCUCAUGCCAGCCUGAAGCAGAAUGUGUUUUCUGAUGUUGCUUUUGAAACCCAGCAGAUAAGGGAGGAGGGAAAAUAAGGUGUCAUGUCUGUCUGCCACUGUUAAUAUUUCUGGGGUGUUAAUCUUGAGUUUUCAACCUGUGUGUUCCUACCAGAUUGGUGGAGGAGGUAACUUUUUUCUUUACUUAGAAGAACUUCCAUGUAUUUGGUGAUGAGGAGGGAGAAAAACAAACUAAAAUCUCUAUAAUGCAGGUAUGAUUACCUCUGCUUUUAUAUAUAUAUAUUUUGUAUUCAUAAUUGCUGUGUAAUCCAGGCCCAGAUUUUCUGACAGCAUAGAAUAAAGAACAUAAACUCAGGUAACUUAUGUGACACUGAUCAGAAUGCUUGUAGAAAUAUCUUGGGUUUUGGGUUUAAAACAAUAAAAAGAGGAGGCAGUGGGUUGUUGACAUGGCUCUGUCCAUAAUGAAUUGCCUUCUUGUGGUUGUUAUUUCUGUAUAAUCACUCUUUGACUAUUACAAUACUGUGCUUUUUCUAAAAAUAAAAAUCCUAAUUUUU